CUUCGGUCUUCGCUUGCAACUCGGCAUCCUGCUCCUGAAACAAUUUUGUCGCAAACUCAAUCAUCAGAAGUGAAAGUAAAGCCAAGACAGCCCGACAGUGUAUAGGAUCCAAUUGAGCUCACGUCCGUGGGUCCCAAGUCGUUAAUCGUUAUUGCCAAGCGGGGCGCCGCAUGCCCGUCCGUGGUUGAGUGAACGGUUUAUACGCCGUGUCCAUGUCGAAUUCCCAAGACGUCAACCAGAUCCCCGUGGAGGAUCUGACACCGGAAGAAGCUAGCCGUAUAAUCCACUCACAUCGUAAAGUUCGAUAUGGUGAGUGGCCCAGAAACUUUACCGUCGUUGUUUAACUAGUUAGCUCUUGAGUCAGUGUGACAAGAGCGAAGCACAUCUUGAAGCUUACCAUGCGCUUGUAAGCAGUCUACUGACUAUGGCAUCGAUAGGCACUGCUUGCUGGCCUUGCCGUCAGCGGAAGGUCAAAUGUGAUAACCAGCAGCCAUGCGAAAAUUGCGUGAAGCGGGAGCAUCCGCAACUAUGCUCGUAUAAGCCCAAUCGUUCUAAUGCUGGCAAGGCUGCAUCAGUUGAAGCUGGAAGCACACAUGGCACGAAACGCCCCCAUUCACCCGAGGAGGGUGAAGAGUAUGACCAUGGACAUGACCACCAACCGUCAGGAUGGCCUAGAGCUAUAGAUCAAUCGGAGUCUAUGGAGAUACCUCGUUACAUUGGUCAAAACAGCAUUCCUGCCAUCUUACGCGAUCAACCUUCGCCCAUAGAGACGAAGAAUGGCAUAGAUAUUCGACGUGACAUGCGGCCUAUCUGGGGACUUGACAACUCUGCGCCCUUCCCGCUCAUGUCUACGCAACAUUUGGACAGGAUGACACAGGAAAUAUCAGCGGAGCUUCCUACUGACCGUGAAGUCCUAAAGCUCUUCAAAUCAUACAAAGAGGUGCCCCAUCCCUUUUGGGGCUUCGUAAUUGACAUAGAAGAUCUUGAGUCGCGUUUAAUGAUCUAUCUUGAAGAGCGAGCAAGAAGUGUUCGCGAGGCGGGUGCCAAAACGCAACACGUUUCCGCCUCCUGGCUUGCCAUUCUUUUUGCUGUCCUCGCUGUUGGCUCUCAAUACCAUGACUCACCAUACCAUAUCCGGACUCGAAAUUCCCAAAGAUAUAUACAGAUAUGUUUCCAUUUCCUGAGACUUGGCAAUUUCUUACUUAGACCGAAUCUCGACUCGAUCCAAGCGCUCUUAAUGACAAGCUUUGUUUUGCUGAACGAUAUGAAAGCAGAGGGCUCCUGGGCUUUACUUGCACUAACAUGCAGGCUUGCUCAGUCUCUGGGACUUCACCGAGCACCAUCACAGGAAGACGGAUCCGCAGAGUUAUCCGUCAAAGAUUAUGUUAGGAGGAAACUUUGGUGGACUUGCCAGUGGCAUGACACCCUCACAUCUCUGUCGUUCGAUCGACCUAAUAUGACAAACAUUCAAUGCUGUCCAAUACCGCUAUCGCCGAGCGCCACUGUACAAGGCCUUUCUUACCUCGAAUCCAUGUAUCAUCUUUGUCAGAUUAUAUCUGAGAAGCUCAAUCCGGAUGCCUCUUCGACAGCGACAUAUGACACCAUUGUAGCAAACUGUGAUGAAGUGUUAUCAUUGCGUGAAAAAGUCUACCCGCAAUUACGAAAUAAAGAGGCACUGAAGACAGUGGUUGACCGACUUCAGCAUUAUGCUUUAAGACUUCACACUGCGUUUGUGGUGUCUGUAUGUUGUCGGCCAGCUCUUCGUAGUGACUGCACAAUGCUGAGUCCGUCCGAGAAGAAAGCAUUGUCUGCUAUGUGCAAGGCGAAUCUUAUCGAGACAGUCGAAAUGUUUCUCUCCAUGCACAAUAUCUCUGUGAUACCGACACGCAGCUGGGCAUUCACGUACCACGGUCUCUCAUCGGCUGUCCUCCUCGGUCUCUUAUCUGAACCUAAGACAGAAACGGAGGUUCGUCGUCUUCAAGGUGAUCUCAUCUCAGCUCUCUCAGCAGCGGCUGCGAAAGAGCGCACCAGUCCACCACCUGGACAUAUCACGAUCAGCGACAAAGAUAUUGAGCUAUCUGGGCCGUUGUCUAGAGCCUUAACUGCCUUGAAGCACAUCUAUGACUAUGGGUCGUUACAGGGGCUUUCGGGGCUCAAGAGCGAAGUGCCUUCGGGGGCAAGAACGCCGGUUGCGUCUUUGCAAAACGCAAUGGGCAACCUGCAGCAAAGAGCACACCCCGGGUUAGAUCCACAUCAAGAUGCUGCUCUCGCAAUGACCGAGCUUCAAAAUGGGGCCACGUUGCCUGACUUCUCUACGAACAUGCACUAUAAUCCAUCUUUACAGCCAUUAUCAGUCCAGGGCGUUACGGACAUGACGCAAAUGGACCCUACAGCAUAUAUGUCGAAUAUGUCGCCAAUGGACCUCUAUGACUCUAUCUUCUGGGGUACGUCUUAUGUGUCAACAAUUUAUAAAUGUUACUGAUUAUAUGCAGAAUCACCCGAUCCAUUCUAUACAGGAACUGAUAUGAAUUUCGACUUUAUGUCCCAGCAGCCGCCAGGUGGCACUGGAGGGCAUCAGUACUUUUAUUAGUUGUUUGUUUGCUAGUCUAUCUGUUUCCUGGCGCCACUUUCAGUUGCCCUAAAAAAAACCGGAUUUACAUGGACAUUCUGGAGUCCAAGCAUGUGUGCGACGGUGUUAGGAAGUGGAAGCAUUUUGGAUGGAAAAGUUAUUUCGGAGCAACAAGGCGCUUUGACUGAGAUCUCUGGACGUUAUUUUCCAUACCCAUCACCGUCGUGGUAUUUUUUAAUUGAUUAUACCUAUUCGGCCAGCAUCUAUGGUUUAUUUUUUUUUUUUAAAUUCUUUUUCUUCUCAGUGCCUUACUUGCUGGCAGUUCCUCUUCGAUUAAUACUUAGACUAUCGCAUUCAGUAUGACCCUAGUCAUUGCGAUGACCUUUUCUUCCUCAAGUCU